CAACGAUUCAAACGAUUGAUUGAUAUUUCUGAAGAUGGAGCAAGCAAAGUGGAGUGCCGUAUAUUUUUCAUUUAAGCAUAAUUUGUAAAGAGUCGUGAUUAAUUUACAUACGAAAUGGUGAUUCAAAAGAAUUGGAAUAACACUGAAACAACGGCGUCUGCUUCUGAAAGCCAGACUCAAAAUACGGCCACUGUUUCAUGGAGUUUCCAAGCUCCUACUAAAACGUUGACUGUUCGUCCAAACACUACAUGCACCAUGCAAACGAAGCAGCCAAUUACACGGCAAAUAGCCAUUAACACACUAGCAGCCAUGCAUCGCCGAUUCAGCCUGCCUGGCCCAGUGCAGCCCCAUUCAAGGCCCAUAGCCGAGUUCCGGGCCAGCGCCAACAAAUCUUUGGAUAUGUUGCGGCAAACCAUACAGUCAGCGGUGACCAGGGAAAUUGAUCAAGUGAUAAAAAAGUAUUUGGAAAAAUUCUUUGUACCUGCAGUAAACAAUAUUAGGCUGAACUUGGGAGAUGAGUCCGUUAGUGAAGAUCAGGUGCGAGCCAUUUGCCGAGCCAUGCUGGACGCCACGCGCCUGCUGUACACCACGCCCGCCAAGCCGGCGCCGUCGCCUUCCGACAACAGCGAUGACUCCAACAGUGCAGACACCAAGAUUAAACAAACUAAUUUACAGAGUCCCUCGCAUACUAAACGCAAGGAGUCCGAGGCCGAUUUCGACGCAUGCUUCAAACGACGGAAGAUUAAGCAAGAAGAAACUUCAGACAGCAGGUCUUCGUCGCCCCUACCGCUGUCGACCUACAGGGACCCUGAGAAAUGGAACCCGAACCGGCUGACGCAAGAAACACUGUUUAUUAUGGGGUCUCAUGCACACAAGGUUCUAGGGUUGGGCAACUGUCGGGGUCGGCUUUAUACCUGCCACGCGGGUUUGCUGCGCUACCCGGCGGACAGCUCCGACAAGGAGUGGAUCGCCAGCCACAACCUGGUCAACGCCGUCGGCGGCAAAACCUAUAUCAUGGUACUCGAAGACAUAGAAGAACUAGCAAACAGCGAGGCCUACCGCCACAACUCUUUACCAAUGCUCGGCGAACUAACGGGCUUCAAAGUGCCACCGUUCAUGCUCAGAAAAAUAAAAGCAUACGUAAUGAAACGGGCCCUCAGUGGAGACAUUAGUAAUCCAGACAGUCCACAACCCUCCACCAGCAAUGAUGACCCCAAGUUUAAAUCAGAAGUCAAACUGGAACCCGAUCAAGACACAUACGACUCUUUCGAUGCAUCACGCUACACCGAUAAUACUAGAGACUUCGCUGACGUACCAACUAACAAAGAUGAUACCGAUUUAGCUGAUAUCAAAGUAGAAGACAUUGAAGAUAUCAAAGUUGAUGGAAUCAAAGUUGAAGAUCUAGACGAAAUGAAAGUAGACGGGAUUAAGGUGGAAGAUUUAGAUGUGGAUAUCAAAGUUGAAAACAUGGAUGACAUUGACGGAAUAAAUGUAGACGAUAUGAAACUGGAGAAAGAAGAUUUUGCUCUGUGCAAGCAAGAUGAUGAUCAGAAUCAUCUGGUUGAUGGUCUGCUGGAGUCUGAUAUUGAGUUUCUUAGCAGAAAUCUGGGUAAUAUUGAGAGCGACGCGGACGCCAGGAAAACUAUUGAAAAGUUGACGGGUGCCAAUCCGGAUACUAUCACUCUUGUGGGAGACGAGUUUGAUUUGGGGCCCACUUUGAAUACCAGCAACUAUUCCAGCAACCAAACAAAAUGCAUCACCGUGGCGUCUACAACGAGCGGCAUGAUCCACAGCGUGCCCGUGGCGCACAUCCAGGCGCCGCGCAUCACGGGCUCCACCGUGCACUACUACACCAGCGUGCCGCAGCGCACCGUGCACCAUCUGCCGUCCGUCACCAUCCAGGGCCUACCGCAGUCGCAGGUGCUCCGCGGAAUCCCGAUCAACACAAAAACCGGCACAUUCAGCACCGUAAUGUCUCAAGGCACCGCCAGCGCUAUCAUCGGCUUCGGAACUCGAACUACUAACGCCACUCCAGUCCAGUACGUCAACGUUUCUUCCAAAUCAUUCCCCACUGGUAACAUCUUACAUAACGCCAUCGUUUCUCGCAACAUUCUCAACCGUACAGCGGUCACCUCUGCCAUGUCGUUCAACGUCACCACAGUCAAACCGGCAGUGCAAACUACUUCUAAAAUAAGCACCGUAGUAACAGCGAGCUCUGGAGACUUCGACAAUAUUUCCACUACUAAAGACAUGAUCGACAACGCGUGUAACUCUUCGGUCAUGCUCAAGAAAGUCCUCACUCUGGGAAGUGCCGGCGCCGCUAAAUCUUUCAUGAUGCAUAACACACAAAAGGUGCUGUCUACGGGUUUCGCUAACGGGUCUACCCCACCGCCUAAUGUGACCAUCGUAAGCUCGGGCAGCACGAUCUUAAGCAACGCCAUCAUUAAUCCUACUUCGAACAUAACGAGUCCCACGUCGGGCACUUUGAGUGCCACUCACGCCACACUGUCCGCUUUGCUCGCGUCGAACGCCGAGAACGCCCAAGGAAAAAAAAAUUAAAAUUAGCUUAGAUUUCAACAUUCCCAAGUAACUAAUCAUUCUCGAAUUCAUGAUCUCAAUAUGUAGUAACUAUUAAGGUAACUAUUUAUUAAUACAUUGCUGUUUCACUAAGUGUUAAAGCUUAAAAUUGUCGUGGCGUAAAAACGAGACAUAAUAGGGUUCAAAAUUACAAAGCUAUUUCAGUGUAUGUAGAGUAAUUCUUAAUGUAUCAUGGUCAAAAUUAUAUUGAUUAAAUCAUUUGGAAAACCACUUAGUGCGAGUGAACACUUGUAAUUCGAGACAUGUUUAAUUGGAUUUAUAUUUAUUUAACUACCUCUUAAGUUACCCGAUCGCUUAGUUGUGUAAUACUGAAGUCUAUUAUUAGUAAGCUAAAUCAGCAUGUGGUGAGCUAUAAUUAAGUGCUAAGUCGAAGAAUAAAUCCUUGUGGUUGGAAAUGCCAUAAAAUAAUACAGUUAUUUUUACGGUAUUCUUUGAAUUUAGGACUGGAUUGUAACUUUCUAUCGUCUGGCUAAAUGAAGGUUGUGUUUAUUAUAAUAUGUGCCAAAAUAGAGUACAAAUAACUGUAAAUCAGUAUUAUUUAUAUGUGAUAAUUGUUCAUUGUAUUUUAGGGCAACAAUGGUUUUGAAUAGCUUGUAAGCUGGCAUUUAUUUAAAUGUAAUUAGAAAGGGUAGAACUUUCGGGUUAUUCGUUUCGUUCGGGUAUUAAUAGUAAAUGUUUCGUAUUCUAUCAUUUCAAUACUUUGUUCAUAAAUGUUAGUUAGCUACAAAAAAAAUGCAGACAAAAUUUGAUUACUGAUUUUAUCGGAACCAGUUGAAUGUUAGAACGUGGAAAUACUAGUUCUGAAUAUUCCUUUUUAAUUCUGAAACUGAAUCUCAUUUCCUUAUGAAAAUAAGUGUCGUAACGUGAACCAAAAAUAUCUUCUACUAAUUAUUUGCUUUAAUCUGUAAUAUACAAAUGAAUAAGACUGCUUUGCUUUGCUUUUAUGCGGCUUUUUAUUAGAUUGUUUAAAUUAUUUUUUAUUGUAUUUUUAUAUGUUUAAGAGGUUUGGCUGUACUGUUUAAUUUUUAUAAAACCAAGAGACAUGGCUUUCUCAGCCAUGCUUUUAUUUGUGGCAAUGCUUAAUAUAAUGUAAGCUUUAUUUUUUGUAUUCUUUUAGUUGCAAUAUUCACUGUUUUUACCAAUGGUCGUUACAAGUUAAUAGACUUAAUAGUAUUUGGAUUGUAAAAUGCUUAAGACGAAAGUGGAGGACCCGCGCUUUAUCGCCUUUUCAUACAAACGUAGUCCUCACUUUCCUCCCUGGAUAUUAACAUUAUUGAAAAUAUUUUGACACAAUUUGUUGUAUAUCAAUCACAGCUAUGCUCCUACGUUUGUUUUUUUCUAUGGAGAAGCGGCCGUCCCCUUUCCUCUUAAUAUUUGUGAGCUUUAAUCUUUUAAUUGUAUUUUAUGCUUUUAGUUGCAAUAUUCAUUGUUGUUACGAAUGGUCGUUACGUCGACUAGCUUGAUGCUUGUGUGCAAUUUAAGACAAUAUUUUACAAUUGUUGUAUUUAUUUUAGACAUGCUUUGCUUCUUAAACUACGUUGUCACUGAUUAAUAUAAAUAAGUUGGCUGUGUUUAAAAUAUUAAGCUUUAAUCUUAUUGUUGUAUUGUUUUUUUUAUUAGUAAUUUUUAAGGAUAAGUUGAUGUCGCGAUGACGCAUGUAGUUUUAAUAAAUGUAUCGUUACCGGGUUUUUAAUUGUAUAACCUCGUGCCGCCCAAGAAAAAAACGCGAGAUCAGCUAAACGCCCAAUGUGCAAUCUAUGAGACAAUUUAAAACUGUCAUUAUAUGUGUGCGGAAUGAGCACCGUAUUGUACACUGGGCGUCUAGCACUAAAUUUAGUUUUUGCGUCUGGGCGUUUAUGCUGAGUGUUAAUUUGUACAAUGUAUUGCACAUUGGGCGGCACGAGGAUAAUUAAAGCUAAGUCGACUUUUACGAGAUAGGAGGCAUUACAAUAUGGGAAAAAGAAUACAUACAGACAUAUUUUUGUAAACAAGAUUUUCGUCCAUUCGCGCAUGUAUGUCAAUCUUAGCAUAUUUUGUAAAACAGAACAGUAGUUUCAAUGAGAAUAUUUUUAUAUUGGCCAGUUUUUUCGAAACUUGAUGUUUUGCAAAAUUUCGUUAGCGAAGAGUAGUGACAUAACACAUAACUUAUCAUUGUUUCCUAAAAAAGGUAAUUAUUACGAUUGAAAAACGUCAACCAAAGUAAUUGUUGUAAUCUUGCCCGUGGCAAUAAAUUAUUCAGAACAUAAUUGUGCCUCGGACACAAUGUCAAAUUAACUGUAAAGUGUUGUUGAAAAUUUGCAUUGAAAAUACAUAUGUCCUUAUUUUAUGAUUCAUAUUUUCGGAUGGUCUAUUCGGAAGUCGAAUUCCGCAUUUUUAUUCCUCCUUAGGUGUUGAGGGGCCUCAGAAAUCUUAGCACUGUCGCUACAAUUCUAGGUCUUACUGCAAAAGCUUUUUUGAAAGGCAUUUCGACAAAAUAUAUUAAAACUGGCCACUCCAUUACCUCCCGGACGAAAACUCGUAUAGCGGUUAACGGCUAUGUAUGAUGAACCCUCGUGAACGUCGGCUGCCGCUCCGUUACGUUACGUACGCUAUACGAGUUUUCGCCCGGGAGACGAUUGGUCAUGGAAAUCUGUUCCUGGCCCGCGGUUUAAAACGACAUGUUUCGCUCUAUAACGAGGAGCUUCAACGAGGACCGACGCAAUUUUCAAUUUAUUGUUCUUUUUGCAGCCGAGUUAUCGUUUUAAAAAACGUGAGUGACCCGUUUGAAAAUAUCUAAUAUGUCCGAGUUUCACGGAAGUUUUGUUAUUCAUGUAUGUGCAUUUCGGCAGUAUUUACAUGUAUAUAGGUCAGUUUAACGUGUUCGCCUACGCCCUUAGUCUUUUGAGGACCAGUUUGAAUCUCUCGAUGUACUACAGUUGCUAAAUAGUAUUGUAUUUUAUCGAUGACCAAAACAAUUCCAUCGACACUUGAGACGUAUUAUUGUGGAGCGAGGUUAUCACCUGACGACCCCAAACCAAAUUACAUAGAUCGAAGGAUGCUGUCUUUUUCAUUUUAUUGUCCGGAAUCUAAUGAAGAGUGCACUAUCAACAAAAAGUAAUCUUUCAACGGCAUCCCCCCAUUGAAGUCGGUUUUUUAGGGUUCUGUGCCUCAAAAGGAAAAAAAAACGGAACCCUUAUAGGAUCACUCGUGCGUCUGUCUGUCCGUCUGUCACAGCCUAUUUUGUCCGAAACUACUAGACCAAUUAAGUUGAAAUUUGGUAUACAUAUGUAAGUUUGUGACCCAAAGAUGGACAUGUAACGUAAACAAAUAAAAUUCAAAUAUGGAAACCACUUUUAGGGGGGGGGGGGGGGUAAAUGAGAAAAUUAAAAAAUAAAGCUAUACCGUGUUACAUAUCAAAUGAAAGAGCUCAUUGUGAGAAACUUAAAUACAGUUUUUUUAUAAUUUUAUGAAAAACAUACACAAAAUAGUUCUUUACCUAUAGAUCACAGGAAAACCUAUUAGAAAUGUGUAGUCAAGUGUGAGUCGGACUUAAUUACUUAGUUUUAGAUCCGACCCCUACGGGUUUUUAGGGUUCCGUACCUCAAAAGGAAAAAACGGAACCCUUAUAGCAUCACUCGUCUGUCUGUCUGUCUGUCCGUCUGUCACAGCCUAUUUUCUCCGAAACUACUGGACUGGAAUAAAGUUCAAUUUAAAUUUAUUUAUUUCGCUUGAACAUACACAGUUGUUAUGGUUACAGUUGAAAUUUGGUACACAUAUGUAAGUUUGUGACCCAAAGGUGGACAUGUAUCGGAAACAUAUUAAUUUUAAACACGGGGGCCACUUUUGGGGGUAAAUGAAAAAAUAAAGUUUGUCAAACUAUAUCGUGUUACAUAUCAAAUGAUGAGCUCAUUGUGAGAAUCUCAAAUAUAUUUUUUUUAUAAUUUUAAGAUAAAUAGUUUAGAAGUUAUUCAAGAAAAUAGGCAAAAAAAUGACCAUUCCCCCCCCCCCCCCCCCCCCUUUAUCUCCGAAACUACUGGGUCAACAUUUUUGAAAAAAAUGCACAAAAUAGAUCUUUACCUAUAGAUCACCGGAAAACCUAUUAGAAAUGUGCAGUCAAGCUCAAGCGUGAGUCGGCAAAGACAUUUCACAUAAAAAAUACAUUGUUUAAAUUGUGUAGUGUACGGAACCCUUGGAACGCGAGUCCGACUCGCACUUGGCCGGUUUUUAAAGACAUUUCACAUAAAAAAUACAUUGUUUAAAUUGUGUAUUGUACGGAACCCUUGGAACGCGAGUCUGACUUGCACUUGGCCGGUUUAUUUUUCUUAAAAAUUAUUUUCUAGAUGAGUUGUAUACUUACUACAAAUUUAAUGUCAUGUCGGAUUUUCUUUGAGCUACACUGACAAGACAGAAGAAAAAGAAGCAAUACUCUAAUUAAUAUGUACAGGUGCGCUAAUAUUACUGUUUUUAUCAAAUAUACACCAGUUGCAAGCGCGAGCGGAUUUGGGCCCGGAGUAGAAUAUUAGCUUGAAUUUUAAUGACCCUUUUCGUUCCGCGAAUCCGACCUAUUCCGUAUUUAGAAUUAGCUACAUGGGGUAUCGAUCAGGGCGUCCACUAUUCGUUUCAUUGUGA